UACCCGGAUGAUUACCCAGACGUCAUUUCGACAGUCAUGGCCGACGGGACAACAUUUCAACCGGGAACUGGGGUUGCACCAGCAACUCUUGUAGAGUUAUCGGUGUCUUGCAGGAAGUUGGUUGAUGCAGAUGUUUUUUCAAAGUCGGAUCCUAUGGUGGUGAUGUCUGUGCUCGACUCUGCAGUGAGAGGAUGGAGGGAGUUUGGGCGGACCGAGGUCAUUUGGAAUAAUCUGAAUCCUGACUUUGUCAAGAAGUUUAUAAUACAUUUCUACUUUGAGCAAGCCCAGAAACUCAAGUUUGAAGUUUAUGAUGUUGAUGCUACAACUGCUGAUCUUUCAAAGCAUGAUUUUCUGGGUAGAGCAGAAUUUACACUUGGGGAAAUUGUGUCAUCGAACAAGCUUGCCAAAAAACUUAUUGGUCCAAAGAAAGAUAGUGGAACUAUCAUUGUUUCUGCAGAGGAGAUGAACAGUUGCAAGGAACAAGCCACAAUGCAGUUUUGUGCCCACAAUCUGGAUAAGAAAGACUUCUUUGGAAAAUCAGAUCCUUUUUUAACAUUUUCCAGAUGUAAUGAGGAUGGCAGCUAUACAGUAGUUCACAGAACAGAGGUCAUCAAGAAGACAUUAAACCCAACAUGGAAACCUUUCUCUGUCCCUGUGAGAAGUUUGUGCAAUGGAGACUAUGAAAGAUCAAUAAAAAUUGAAUGCUACGAUUGGGAUGCGGAUGGAGGGCAUGACUACAUAGGAGAGUUUACGACAACAUUGCGAAUGCUUUCUAAAGGUCAAGGGGAAUGCAACAAAUAUGAGUGCAUCAAUGCUAAGAAGAAAGCAAAAAAAGGCAGCAAGUAUCGCAACUCAGGAGUGAUUGAUCUGAUGUCCUGUCGUAUUGAGACAAUUUACACAUUCCUUGAUUAUAUCCGUGGAGGAACAAGAAUACACUGCACAUUUGCAGUGGAUUUUACAGCCUCCAAUGGGGAUCCCAAGUCUCCAACGUCCCUGCACUACAUGAACCCAUAUCGCCCAAAUCCAUAUGCUACAGCCAUUCUUGCAGUAGGCACCAUCAUUCAAGACUAUGAUACGGAUAAGUUGUUCCCAGCACUUGGGUUUGGUGCUAGACUGCCUCCAGAUGGCAUUGUUUCUCAUGAAUUUGCAUUGAAUGGAAAUCCUCAAAAUCCAUAUUGCCAAGGUGUGCAAGGUGUGUUGGAUGCUUACCAUAGGACUAUUUCUGCUGUUCAGUUGUAUGGACCAACCAACUUUGCACCAUGUAUCAACCAUGUUGCCAGGUUUGCACAAUCAGCAGCCAGUGGCAAUGAUUACUUCAUUCUUCUGAUCAUUACUGAUGGUAUUAUUACAGACAUGCCACAGACAACUGAGGCCAUUGUAAAUGCCUCAUCUUUGCCAAUGUCCAUCAUCAUUGUUGGUGUUGGAGAUGCAGAUUUUGAAGCCAUGGAGAUUUUAGAUGGGGAUGAUGUUCGUCUUUCAUUCAAAGGACGUUAUGCUGAAAGAGAUAUAGUACAAUUUGUACCCAUGAGAAACUUCGUCGGAAGAGGCGGUGAUGAUGUGGCAGCAGUACAGGAGAGGCUUGCCAAAGAGGUCUUGGAGGAGAUUCCAGACCAGUUUUUGUCAUACAUGAAGCGCCACAACGUCAAACCAAAGCCCCCUCUACAGCGUCAGGGAACCAUCUCAUCAGUGCGGUCAUUGCCUUCAUCAGAACAGUGAGAAGUGAAAGAACUGCAGUGAAUUUGAGGACCUGUCUUUUGUUAUUAUUAUCAUCAGCACACAAGAAUGAAAGUUUGUUGGGUUUUUUUUUUUUUGGGGGGGGGGGUAGGGCAGGUUUUUGCUGGGGUUUUUUCACAACUCCUACAACAUUUCAUCAGCGUGCAUAUGGCAACAGUUGGUCAGUUAUAGGAUCCAGGAUGUUUCCCAUGUUGACAAAUCAACAGAAUUUAGGGGAUUCUGGAUUGCUUGUUUUCACAUAUUUUAGACCAGGGGAGGGCAAUUAAUUUUCCAAAGGGGCCGCAUGAGAAAUUGGGAUGGUUUUAGAGGGCUGGACUAAUAUAGUAAACUCAGUUUUACCCAAUACUGUAUAUAUAGUAUAUAUACUGGCAGGCGGGCCAGCGGGCGGGCCGGUCAGAGACAGGAGGCGGGCCGGAUCCGGCCCGCAGGCUGCCCUUUGCCCAGGUCUGUUUUAGACCAUAAAAAGAAAAUUGUUCAUUAUGUGAUAAUAUAAACCUUUAUAGACACUGAUGUUUUUGGAGUUUUUGUUCAUGGUAUUGGUGUUCUGCGUGCUUUUUGGAGUUGACUGUAUUUUGUUUACAUGCAUGUGAAAGAGUAUAUCAUUGAAAGAGUGAGUGUAAGCUUUCUUGAAGAUCACACAUACCUGAUGAUGUUUUGUAGUAAUGAUGACUUGACAAUAUGAUAUUUUGGUGUAAUAUUUCACGUAAACUUGCAAUCAUAUCUUGACUGCAAGAAAUGCUUUGUAGCAUUACAGAAUUAAUUACUUUGUCCUAUUUGUUGGCUUUUUCCAAUUGGGGAAGAUGUGGGGUAAGGUGUAAAGAGAGGGGCUAAAGUUCACUGUAUUGCUAGAAAUUUAUGAGGAAUAUAAAUUGCAUAUUGCAGUCCUGAAAAUACUAAAGAUACAUUGUGAUAUGUUUUAACAAUUUGUGUGAUUGAUUUUGUAGACUUUACAGGGUCCUCAUGGAGCUGUUCAAAGUUGGGUGGGAGUUUUUUUCUUAUGAUAAUCUCUUUAUCACCAUUUCUUACCCUCUUUUCAGUAAAAUGGCUCUCAUCAGCUUCGGCAUACCAGAAAACAAAUCUAAUAAUUUUUUGUAGGGCAUUGAAAUUAGAAAUGAUCUUUUUAUCAUGUACAUAUAUUUGUUUUGUAUGGGGGUAUACGGAUAGCAUUCACAUGUGUCCAUCUGUAAGUUUCAACAAUCGUGUCAGUGAUAAGCUCAUGUAAGUGUAAAAUCAGAAGUUCUUUGUACAUAUAUAAACUUGAUCAAGGGUAUAUAAAUUUGGUCUGUGUUUUUGCCAUUUAUGUCCACCCUUUGGCCAAUGUGCCCCCCUACUUUUCUGUACAUAGAGGUGAUCUUCAUUAUUAUAUUGUCUUUUAAUUCACACCCAAUAUUCCCUCCACCUGUCCUCCCUCCCCACAACUCCAAAAACACCGUUCUGUUGAUAUGGUGCCAAUCCAUAUAUAUAUAUUGUUGUCAAAUGUUACCAUAAAUAUUUUCAGGUAUGUUAAAGAGUUUUAUAUACCUUUAAAAAUUUUUCUCUUUUUCUGUUUCCUGUAAAGAAAGUGAUUUUGGAAAGGUUUGUAUGAGCUGUUUGAAGUGACACAUUUUUUUUCAAGUUCUUCUGUCUUCUUUUCAGUAUGAAAAUUUUAGUUUUAAAUUUUGUUGGUAGAGCAUCUCCUCUUUUGUGUAAAUUGACGACUGAAAAAAUUCCUGUAGUCAUACUAGUUGCCUCUGCUUUUGAUCGAUGAUAAGAUAUAAAUUUUCAUAGUCUACCCAGAGACAUAAGGAAGAAGUGUUUUUGCAGCAUCUUUCUUUUGUACAAUUUUUUUAGCUGUUUUUAUAUUGCUUAUAUCAGCUACAUGCAGUAAGUUUUCGAGGAUGUGUUGGCAUGUGUUUUACUUUUAAUGCCUUUUCCCCUGUCCCCAAGGUUUACUGAAAGGCCAUGACAGUAUCCACUGUCAGCUCAUUGGGUUAGGGUUAUUUUAUAUAAAACACAUUGUAUUACAGUUAUUUAAGCACAAAACAUUGGUUAGAAUGAAUGAUUCGUAUUUUUCUAUAUUACAUUUUCACUGUUAUAAAUGUUUACAUAUAGACUUAAAAAAAUUGACAGUGCUGUUUUAAAAUUUUCUUUAUCACUAUCUACCUGAGGAUGAUUUAGAUCAUGUAGCAUACAUAGUCAUGAUCACAUUCUGGUCAAAUUUGUUUACUUUUGGCUUGGUGGGAUAGAGAAAACUUAGAUGAUAGAAAUGUUGAUUAUAAUUUGAACUGUGUUUACCUUUUUUUAAAUUUCUUCUUGGAGGGUAUGGGUUUGUGAUGUCCAUCAGCUAAUCCAGUCUUGUAUAUUCAUUUCUUUUAUAAUGGUCAAUGCCAAAAGUGAGCAGUGUUCAGGCAGCUAUUCAUUGGUUUAUCUGUAUUCUCUUACUGGCAUUUUUGAAGCCCCCUCUUAACACAUAUAUUUCGUGAAUCAAAGCUGCUGUUCUGUCAGGACUAGCAAAUUUUUUCUGCUGGUUCAUCCUGUGUUUCAAAAUGAAUUCGUGAGCAAACAGCCUCCUCCAGCUCUCAUAUUCUUUAUUGAAAGAGCUAUUUCUAUGUCUAGCAUUUGCUUUAUUAUUUCAUUUCUAGAGUGUUCAGAUUUUGGUCGUUAUAAUUUGUUCAAGAAGUUAUGCCUGAAAUCAUUUUUAAUGUCCUUUCUCAGAACUCUGACUUGUUUCUUAUGCAUUAAUAGAGCAAUUGUAACCCCUGUUUGUUGAUGGAGAGCUAAGAGUAAAACAGUUCACAAUAAGAUAAAAUACCAUAGCAUUAUGUUGUACAGAAUACUGAUGGGGCAAAGUUUUGCAUUUUUAGAAAACACUGUCAAGUAGCAACAAAUGAUAAUAGUUAAAUUUUGCCACAGUUAUCAUCUGUAAAUCUUGGUUGAAUAGUUAAUUUAGAUUUUAAAAUCUAUGAAAAAUCUGUGUUUUGUUUCAACUUUUAUUGUGAUUGACAAAUAUCAUUUUCAAGCAAACCACAUUUCACAUGUUUUAGAUCAUUCAUGUGAGACAUACAGAAGAUGUGAGAGAAGGCUGAGGCCAGGGUGGUGAAUAUCGAAUAUUAAGUCUUAAACUAUUUGUUUGAACAAGUUUUCAGUUGCUUUAGAGUAUAUGCUCAUUUAUCUAUGUAUCCAUUUUUUUAAAAUAAAUAUUGAAUAUAGGCAAAUACCAUAUAACUGUUGUUUUUCCAAAAGCCUUGUGCUGAUCUUCAUAAUCUUUCGGUUUCUUUUGUUUCUUUUUUUUUUUUUUUUAACUUAUAUCCAGCAUAUUUUGAUUUUAUAUGUGUUUGCAAGCAGCGAUCUUGUUGCUGCUGAGAGGAACUGGUGUAUACUCAGGGUUGUCCAUGGGACAUAUUUUUCUAUCCCGUCCCAUGGCAAUUUAUGCCUGUCCCAUCCCAUCCCAUCCCACGGGAUGUUUCCCAUGGGAUUCCCAUGGUAUUAACAAUCCUAUGGACAACA